GAUCGGAAGUAAUUCGUCUGCGCGCAAAGCAGAGAGUUGUUUACAAACAGAAGAGAAAGUUGGACAUGUAGCUAACUUGAGACACACAGUUACUAAAUAGCCUAGAAGAAUGCAUCUCUCAAGUUUUACACUCAUGGGUUUUUACUUUAAGUAGCUGAGUAAGAGGAGCACGUGUGUAUGGUUGCAGGUGUGAAAACACACCUGUGGUCAGAUGUCAGGGAGGAUGUCAGAGGAAGGGGGCAAGCUGACGCUGAGGCGUCUUGAAGGGCCAAUCAACAAGUUCACUAAAGUAGCCCUGCCGACAGACCUAGAAAGACUGCAGAGACACCACAGCAAUAUACUGAAGUUCCAGCAUAGUGGACAAUGGGAUCGCCUUCAUCAGGAGCACAUCAAUGCCAGCCGCACUGUGCAGCAGUUGAGGGCUAAUGUUAGAGAGAUGGAGAAGCUGUGUGGACGUGUCCGCCCGGAGGACGGCCCCGCCCUGGAGAGGCUGGUUCAGCCAAUCAGAGACCGAGCAUCUGCUGCCACGCAAGACUUCCUACUCCUGCAUUCUAACCCCGCCCCUCUGCCACAGGCACCACGCCCCCCAGACCACUCAUCCUCAGGUGGUUCCCAUGGUGAUGAUGUGGGCAGGGAGCCCCCUCCUGUCAAUCAAACGCAGUACCUCCUCCCAGUGAUCCCCCUCAACGAGAGUGCUGCUGAGUCCUGGGACACCCUGGAGGAGGACCUGAAGGAGCUUAGCGGUUUGGUGACAGAGUUCUCUCUGCUGGUCCAUUCCCAGCAGGAGAAGAUUGACAGCAUAGAGGAGAACGUCAACACAGCAGCAGCCAACGUGGAGGAGGGGACCAGGAGCCUCGGGAAGGCAGUGGGCUACAGGCUGGCAGUGUUACCCGUGGCAGGGGCAGUGUUAGGGGGGGUGCUGGGUGGGCCGCUGGGCCUACUGGUGGGGUUCAAGGCAGCAGGGGUGGCAGCAGCGCUUGGAGGGGGGGCUCUGGGGUUUGCAGGGGGGAACCUGGUCCAGAAGAAACGCAGAGCUAGAGUAGAGUCCCAGAUGAACCAGCUCACUGCACCCCCUACGGAACCAGAACCACCGCUGGACAAGGACAAGUGACCUCUGAUUGGUAGUGAAAGGACCUCUGACCUCUAGAAGCUUACACUGGUCCAGGUACUGCCCGACUACAUUGCAGACGCAUGCUAGAGCUUACAUAUAUAGUGGGGCAAAAAAGUAUUUAGUCAGCCACCAAUUGUGCAAGUUCUCCCACUUAAAAAGAUGAG